UGGGGUUCUCUUUAACUACAGAAUUGUGACCUUUCUCUCAAAGUAAAUAAAAGUGAGGAGGUUAUUGAAACACACACAUAUGUGCUGUAUUCUUAACGCUGAGAUAACCAUGACUGUGAUUUUGCUGCUCACAUUUCUGCCUGGGCUGUGUUUCUCUGCUUUAACAGAAAAUAUUGCUUUUAAAGCCAAUGUUGUGCAGUCCUCCACCUAUGAUUCUUUGGGACAUGCCCGGAAUGCUGUAGAUGGCCGUAGAGAAUCAAAUUACAUGCUUUUAUCAUGCAGUCACACUAAAAUUGAAAAUAAUCCAUGGUGGAGAGUUGAGUUGCCUGGCAUUCGCAAUGUAACCUCAGUACAAAUCACAAAUCGAGGAGACUGCUGUGCAGAAAGAAUAAAUGGAGCUCAGAUUCGCAUUGGAAACAGCUUGAAAAACAAUGGAAAUAGCAACAAACUGGCAGCAUUUGUCCGUUCAAUUUCAUUAGAUGGCACAAAAACAUUUAAAUUUAAACCCAUAGAAGGGAAAUUUGUCAACGUUUUUCUGCCUGGGCCCAAACAAAUACUGACACUGUGUGAGGUGGAGGUCUUUGCAGAUGAAUUUGUAACACCUCAGUCCAUUCAUCUCCAUGAUAAAACAAAUCUUCGUAAUCUGGCCCUCAGAGGAAGAGCCACACAGUCCAGUCUGCAUAAGGAAUGGUCUGGCUUUGGUUUAGCUCAAAACGCUAUUGAUGGAAACCAAAAUGCAAUUCUUGAGAAGGGCUCUUGCAGCCAAACUGCACAAGAGGAUUUCCCUUGGUGGAGGGUUGACCUUCAUCGUAAAAAUGCAAUCGCCUCAGUGGCUUUAACAAGUCGAGGCGACUGCUGUUGGGAGGACUUGGCUGGUGCCGAAAUCCGUGUUGGGAACUCGCUGGAAAACAAUGGAAAGGACAACUGGAUAUGUGCUACAGUGUCAAAUAUCACAGCAGGUGAAACUAAGUCCUUUAGCUGUGGCAGACUGCUGGAAGGACGUUAUGUGACAGUAGUUCUCCCAAGAGAAGGAACUCUGAGUCUGUGUGAAGUGGAGGUGUUUGGUUUUUCAGUGGCUCAAGACAGAAGAGUCCGCCUGGAUAAACACUGAGACGUAUGACUGGUCAUUGCCUCAUCACUUUAAACAAGAUAAACAAAAUAAACUUGAUUUUUAAAUGUAAGUUAAUGUUUUAAGACAGGAUCAAUGUGUUGAUGCAUUAAAUUAAUUGCUUAAGUGAUGUAUGAAACCUUAAUAAACACACCCAUAUUUGAUGUGCA